GCAAUUUAAACAAACAUAAACGGUUCUUUAUAAAAAAAACUAUUGGAAGUGCAUUUUAGUCGGAACAAAACUCAAAAUUAAAACAGUGCAAGUUAUACGUAAAAUGGAAGAAACUCACUCACUAUCUGAGGGAAGAUCGAUUAAAAGUGGGGAAGACGACAUACUCAAAAUUCUCCAAGGAACGCUAUCGGAAGAAAAAACGAGGGCUAUACUAAGUGUUUUGCCUGAAGAGUAUAUUCGCGAGUACAAAGAAACACAGCGCCAUCACAUCGAGUGUUCACAAGAUUCUGCCAAAAAGUUGAAACUUAAAAGAGGAAGAGUAACCGAAUCAGAGCUGAUUAAGUUUACAGACUCACCGACCGCAAGCCGUUAUCUGGCAGCCUUAAGGUCCUACUCUUCGGGAUGGCAAUGCCUUAGCAAAAUUAACACUUCUCAAAUGAAAACUAUGGAGGUUGCUGACUCAUUUCAGUUCAUAAUUAAUGGGAUUCACAGUUUUGCACGAGGUCGUCUUCUUGAACAACAUAUCCGAUGGCAAUUUCCCUUCGAUUUCCGUUAUGUUGUUAAUUGGAUUGAAGGGUAUCUACAUUUUAGUCCUAAUGAUGCUUUAGCCGAGUUUUUGAAAGUUGUUUACCAGAUCGAUCUUUUGAAUACAGGCGUUGCUGGCAAAGCUAAUGACUUUGAAGUUUCAAAGGAGAGUAUUUUGAGUCUUGAAUUAUUUGCACAAAAAAUUGAAGCUUCGAAUGGCGGGAAGAAUGAACAAUGUAUUCUGGCAGAAGUAUAUCAUAUUCUUGGCGCGCUUUAUAGCGUAACCAACCAGACGUCGAGGGCUUUGCAUAUGUUUCAGUUGGCUUAUAAGCUCGACAUGAAUGACAUGCAUGCCAUGUACGCUGUUGCCUAUCAUUGCAUUGAUACGGAGCCUGAACAAGCCAAAGAAUAUCUGAUGAGAUACUUAGCAAAGGCGCCUCCUUGCCAUGUCAAGUUUGCAGAAGCAAACUAUUUGCUAGGGAUAUAUUACUUAAAACACCAAAACAGUUUGGAAGAAGCUGAAAAAUAUCACGCUUUGGGUAAAGCAGCUGAGAAAAAUCUACUGCCAUGCGACCAGGUUCAAUCUUCGGCAAACGAGGCGUUUUUGCAAUGUAUGAUUUCAAUCGCGAAAGAUGUUCCGACCAUAGCAAGGUUAAUUAUUAAAAACAUGCAGCUUGGCCCCAAAUGCGUAGCAGUAUAAUGUGAAUGAAAAUGAGAAUAGUAUAGAAUCAACUUUUGUCGUAUGUACACGUGUAAAAGGAGAUCUUAAAAACUAUACUUUAUUACGCAAUUUAAACGGCUUCGUUAACAAAGGGACAUGCGGUCAACAGACAAUUACCCUUUUGCUACUAUUGCAUUUUAUUUGAACAUUUGUAUUUGUCAACACAAUGUUCAGAGGCACUCACUUUAUAAUACUUUAAUUUCAAGGACUUUGUGCAUAGGAUAGAAACACCCUUAUGACCCUAAACUGCACAGUGCCCAAUCGAACGAGGGGAAGCUGGCAAAAUAAUAAAAAUAAUGUAUGGCGUUUGUUAAUAAUAAAUAUGUAUUGGGUGACUUAAUAGUUAAUAUUUUGACAAACGUUUUUUCACGAAGAAUUUAAAUUGGACGAUCAUUUUAGAAGAUUAUAAAUGAUUACAGUCAAUGCGCGAAAAGGCAC